ACUUCGCGACGCCGAGCGCGCGCGACGAGGACGAUGCAGCAGUGCGGGUGCGCGCGACGCGCGACGACCCGACCGACGCGCGACGCGCGACGACGACGCGCGACGACGACCGACGACGACGACGACGACGACGACGAACGAGGACUGGAUAAAUAUUUGAAAUCGCGCGGGACGAUCGAUCCGACGCGCGACGACGAAAGCGCGGCGACUGACGACGAACGACGGCGACGCAGGUCGAAAAGCUAUGCGGGGACGCGCGUGGUGGGACGCGCGAGCGGCGCGCGGGCGGGCGCGCGAAGGAUGACGCGAAGAAGCGGGACGACGACGCGCGCGGCGACGAACGCGGCGACCAUCAAGGUGGUCGGCGUCGGCGGCGGUGGAUCGAACGCGGUGAACCGAAUGGUGGACGCGGAUAUUAAUGGGGUGGAAUUCUGGAUCGUGAACACGGAUGCGCAGGCGCUGGAGACGGCGGUGGCGGAUCCGAGAAACCACUUGCAGAUCGGCGCGGAGCUCACGCGAGGUUUGGGCGCGGGCGGGAACCCGGAGAUUGGGCAAAAGGCGGCUGAAGAGAGCCGAGCCGCGAUCGAACAGGCUUUGUCUGGGUCUGACAUGGUGUUCGUCACGGCGGGUAUGGGCGGUGGUACGGGCUCGGGCGCCGCGCCCGUCGUCGCGCAAGUGGCGAAGAGCGCCGGUAUUUUAACCGUCGGCAUCGUGACGAUGCCGUUCAAGUUUGAAGGACGUCAGCGAUACAACCAAGCGAUGGAAGCCGUCGAACGUUUGCGACAAAACGUGGAUACGCUCAUCGUUAUUCCUAACGAUCGCUUGCUCGCCGCCGUGGACGCGUCUUUGCCGGUGCAAGAUGCGUUUUUGCUCGCCGACGAUAUUCUUCGCCAAGGCGUCCGCGGCAUCACCGAUAUUAUUACUUUGCCGGGCUUGAUCAACGUCGAUUUCGCGGAUGUGCGCGCCGUGAUGGCGGACGCUGGCUCUUCGCUCAUGGGUAUCGGUCGUGCGAGCGGCAAGAACCGCGCGCGCGAAGCUGCCGAAGCCGCGAUUUCGUCCCCGUUGCUCGAUUUGGGCAUCGACCGCGCCACCGGCAUUGUUUGGAACAUCACCGGCGGCAGCGAUUUGACUUUGCACGAAGUCAACGAAGCCGCUGAGGUCAUCUAUGAUCUCGUCGACCCGUCCGCGCUGAUUAUCUUCGGAGCCGUCGUGAAGGAUGGCAACAGAGCCACGGAUGGUGAAGUUUCUAUUACGCUCAUCGCCACCGGGUUUUCCCCGUCGGCGGGUAUUUCUCAAACCGCCGCGCCGGCGUCCCGAUCGAACGGAAAGAAAGCCCCGGCCGCCAUCGACGGCCGCACGCCCAUCAUGGGCUGGAACACGAAGACGGAAAUCCCGAGCAACGGUAAAUCCGAACGCGAUGAAGAGCAACCGGCGUCUCGCGGCGGCAUCCCCUCUUUUUUGCGCCGCCGCAUGGGUCGCUAACGAAUCAAAGGGGAGGUUCAAGUUUUGUACACGACACACUAACACACACAUCAUAGAAGAGAUC